UAUCCCCUUAUGUUUGGACUGAUCCUUGCAUUCUGCUGGUGUUCUUUGGUUUGCUGUAGUCGAAUUUAUAUGGGAAUGCAUUCAAUUUUGGAUGUUAUUGCUGGAUUUCUGUAUGCUAUUCUUAUCUUGGUUGUCUUCCAUCCAGUUGUGGACCUGAUUGAUAACUUCAACUUAACUUACAAAUACGCACCCUUAAUUAUCAUCAGUCUCCAUUUAGCCCUGGGCAUCUUCUCUUUUACUCUAGACACCUGGAGCACAUCGCGAGGAGACACAGCUCAGAUACUGGGCUGUGGUGCUGGAGUAGCCUGUGGCUCUCAUGUUAACUACAUAAUGGGUCUAAAGCUAGAUCCUCCUCCCGAUACGUUACCUUUAUCUCUUUCCUCUCUCACUGUGACUGUGUUCGGAAAAGCCAUAUUGCGGUUGUUGAUUGGAGUCAUAGUUCUGUUGUUAACAAAAGUAGCCAUGAAAAAAGCCACUAUUCCACUGGCAUGUAAAAUAUUUCGCAUACCACAUGACGAUGUACGGAAAGCAAGACAACGCAUGGAAGUUGAGCUUCCCUAUCGCUAUAUUACAUAUGGAACGGUUGGGUUCUCCCUCAUGUUUAUUGUUCCUUCCCUCUUCCAUUUUAUCGGUCUUUCUUGA